AUGGUGAAAUCGGCGUUUUAUAACCAGAAUGAAGAUAUAUUAAAUAAUGUCAGCGAACAACAUAAUCAAGUUCAAGAAAUGUUUAGUGAAACAAAAUAUACUAAUGUAGAGGAGAAUAACACAGCAAAUACAUCAAGUUUGUCAUCUGGCCAAAAUAAACAGAGUAUGUCUAACACACAGGAGGAAAAAAGCUUAUCGGCAAAAGAAAAUAAGUCGUUUCUGGACGAACUGCUGAGUAUGAGAUAUAAAUCUGACUUAACAGAAGGCCUAGAUACCAUAAAAAAUGAAGUUUUACUAGAUUCUCUCGACAUAUUCCCACAGCUCCGUGGAGGUACACACUUGAAUGAUUUGAGUAGCAACGAAUUCAAAGAGAGUUUAAAUUAUGUAGAUAAUUUCAAGGUGUAUGAAAAAGAUGAUCAUUACUACAACGGAUUUUUAAACACGAACGUAUCAAGUAACAAUUUAAACAAAUUUGAAGAAGUAAGUGACAAGCUUGAUACCAAGGAGGUACAACUUGACAAAAAAAUGGAAACGACAGCAUAUUUACAGAAACAAAAAGAAAAUAAUGUGAAGAACAAAGGUAUAAACAAGGAGAUGAAAGAAACGAUGCAAGAAUCGUUUAACAGCAAGCCUUCAAUAGACAAUUUAUACGGAACACUGAACAUGGACUCUGCCACAAAUGAGCUUAACGGCUACUACAACUACUUUGAAACAGCAGGUUAUUCGACCACGGAAAAUAAUUACACAACGAACUACUAUCAAGGGAACGAAAUCGAUUUCGCAGGAGGGAGUGGGAACGGAGAAGGAUGCGACGACCUGGCAGGAUUGAGCGAGUUUGAAAAGGGCUUAGUAUCAAUGUGCGACGAGUCAUCAACACAGCAGGGAUCGUCGCUGCUGGGAUCGCCGGACCAAGUAAACGCAAACGAGGAGGUGAAACAGAAAGAGUCUGCACAACAAACAAGCUCGAGUAAGCAGAGCCCGCACUCAUCGAAGGAGAAAUUUGGAAGUUACAAGACUGAGAGGAUCAGUACGACCAAGGAAGGACCGAAGAGUUACGCAGAACACACAUAUAAUAAGUCAGCCAGUGGGCCGGAGAAGCAACUCAGUGUGGCCGCAGGACUAAGCUCAACUGCAAAAGUUACGGGUGUCACAGGAAAGGGGGGCGCAGGAUGCUUCCCAGGAAAUGAGUACCACGGAUCGUCAACAAGCUUCGGAGAGAGCCCAAACUGCUCGUACGACUCAGUAUAUAACAUGGACCCGCUAGCACAGUCGCUGCUGUGCGACACGUCGUACUCAAGAGAGUACUACGAAGCAGGAGGAAAGUACGAGUCAGGAACUAGUGACUUUGGAAACUACUUCGACUCUAGCAGCACGCCCUACGCACACCAGACGUCGAGCGCAUUCUCGUCGCCAACAUCAGUGUUUAAGUCAGAAUCGAGGAAGGGACCGACGAACCUGUACAAGGAGAAGGUGGCAGUAAACGACUCGUUCGCAGACCCAGGGCCAGCAGGAGUUAACGUCUAUAACGAAGGGGUGCCAGGAGUGAAGAACGUGCACAAAGACCCAGUGAAGAGCAUGAACGAAGCAUACAACACGUUCUUUAACAUGGGCGCUGGUGGGUCAGGAAGCUACUAUGACCAGUACAGCACGAGGAGCGAGUACUACGGAGACGAAAAGAGCUUCUUCAGAAACGAAAGGAAUUACUUCAAGGACGAAAGGUACUACGGAGACGAAAAGAGAGAAGAAGAUGCGACGCCGUUCACGCACGUGGCGAGCAGCGUGGCGACGGUGGCGGACACAGUGACGCCGCUGUGCUCCUCAGACCUGAGCGCAGAGUUCGCAGAGACGCUGCAGGUACUGCUGGAAAGGUACCUGGUGGGAGACCUGAGCGUCGAAAAGGAGCUCUACUCGCUCUUCGGAAACGAGUUCAACCUGCAGAGAAGCGAGAUCUACAAUAACCUGGCGAAGUACUGCACAGGGAAAAACCUGCUCUACUACUCGUAUAAACUUAUUCUGCAGUCGACGAAGCUGACGGAGGGGGCUGAUGGGAGCCCCGCGAGCGGGAGCUACGGAGUGAGCACCUACGCAGACAAAUAUAACACAGACAAGAGCGUCACAGUAGAAGUGUACACACAAACACUGCUCUCCCUACUGACAAUACAGGACUCAACACACUUAUCGAGGUCACUCUUCACACACCUGACAGCAUACUUGAACGCGCAGCACGAAAAGGGAGCGAGCGCAACAACACACAGUAUGCACAACACAACAGCAAACACGCCCUGUGUGACGAAGGAGGGAGACAAGGUGCUUAAGCUGUACACACUUAGCAUCUGCCAAAUGACGAGAAGAGACGCGCUGGUCUUCGACCGCUUCCUGGGAGUGCUCGAGGACCACCAGGGAAGGCUGGACCUGCGGCUGAGCUCGCUGCUGCUGAGCUACGUGCUCCACGCAGACCUGGCGAACAAGAAGCAGUUUGAAAGUUGGAUGAGCCUCUCGCAGCAGGACGCAGUGUGCUACCUGAGCAAGAUAUUCAGAAUCUCGCUCUUCGCAAGGCUGGGCACGACAGUGCGCUUCGCGCUGCACUUCCUGGACCUGAUGGUUAACCAGAACUACAGCGUGGAGUUCGUGGACAACGCGCGCACGCUGCUGCUCUUCCUGGAGUACGUGGCGAGCAACUUCCCGCUUAGCUACAGCAAGGUGGUGCUGAAGCUGAUUGACAAGAAGCUGUUCAACGCGCUGCUCUUCUUCAACGCGCUGCAGCUGGCGAUGCUGUGCGACUACGGCUCAGUGGUGACGAAGAUCUGCAUCUCAGCACUGCAGGUGCUGAAGGGAGUGGUGCCAGUGGAGUUCACGUCGGCGUCGUUCGGAAGGUUCGAGUUCAUAUCGCUGGAGAACGUGAAUAAGCUCGUGAUGCUCAUCUCGAACUACCCGAGCGGCUCGCCAGCAUCGAACGCGCUGCUCCUGACCACGGAGCAGAGCGGGAACCUGGCGUCGAACCUGCUGGAGGUGUGCAAGGCGCUCUUCAGCUGCAACAAGAAGGAUUUCUUCGUGCCGCUGGUGGAGUGCUGCCUGCUGGUCGAGGACUUCCAGGGCGCAGAGUGCAUCAUGAAGUACUACUGCGACUACUACGGCAUGGUCUCUGAGACGAUCUGCGAGAAGAUGCUGCUCUCGAUAGCGCUCAAGGGCAACUUCAACUACGUCAACAGGCUGCUGAAGGGGACGCAGUCGUACGAGUCGUGCGAAGUGUUCCUGACGCACUCGAACACGCAGAGCAGCGGAAAGAACGAAGGAGCGGGCGCUAACGAGGGCCCGCUGCACAGCGCGAAGAGCAGCUCGCCCUCGAGCAGUUCGAGCUCAGUGUCGAACAGGAACGGCCUGGUGCGGCUGAGCGUGUACCUGGUGAGAAUAUGCAUAAGCAUGCUCAACUUUAACGUGGCAAUGAACUACGUGAAGCCGCUGCUGAGGCUGAACCACCAGAACGAGGAGAUCAGCAACACGCUCAUGAUGGUGGCGACGCGGCUGGACUCGCGCUCGAAGCUGGACUCGUUCCUGAGCUUCUGCGAGCGCACGAGCAUUUUGAUCAACGAGCCGUGCUUCAACGUAAUCCUGGACUCGUGCAUAAAGCUGAAGAACAACAAGAGGCUGCUCCGGAUCAUCGGAAAGUUCAGAGUCUGGGGACUAUACCCGAACAUCCAGACGUUCGGAAUCAUCAUCAAGAGCCUCUCCUGCUCGAACAUGAUCCAGGAGUGCGAGGAGCUGUUCUACAACUACCUGACGUACACGUCGCACGUCACCACACUCACGCAGGCGGCAGAAAGGAGUAACUCGGGAGAGUCGAACGCGCAGAAUUACACAGGAGGCAGCAGCAAGGAAAAGAGCUACGGGCAUCAGAGCAUGAAGGAGGGCGGCAACAGCUCUAAGUCGCUGGAAGGAGGAGCGUUCGGAGGAAACGGACACUACCACGCAGGACAGGCGCACGCAGUAGUGCACAGCAACUCGUCGAUGCUUAACGCACAGAUAGGCAAGGAGAGAGAGAGGAUCAACGAAAUAAUAUACGGAUGCAUGUUCGACGCCUACGUUAACAACAACAGAGUGGACAGCGCAAUGAGAUUGUUCGAAGACAUGAAGGUGCGGGGACAAGUUAAGCCGAACACGAUCAUGUACACGACGCUUAUCAAGGGCUACGGACAGAACAAGCAGCUGGACAAGGCAAUGAAGAUAUUCAGAAUGAUGCAGCAGGACCAAGUGGUGCCGAACACAGUGACCUACAACUCGAUCAUCGACGCGUGCGCAAGAGUGGGAGACAUGUCGGGAGCAACCUCUCUGCUGGAGGACAUGCUCAUGAACGACAUUGAGCCGGACCUGAUCACAUUCAGCACGAUCAUCAAGGGCUACUGCGUGCAGUCGGACAUGGACAAGUCCUUCCAGCUCCUGAGCAUCAUGUACGAGCGAGGAAUCAUGCCGGACGUGAUCCUGUACAACUCGCUGCUCGAGGGCUGCGUCAAGUCGGGCCUCCUCUGGCUCUGCGAGAAGCUGUGGAAGCAGAUGCAGGAGUACGACAUCCCGCCCUCGAACUUCACGCUCACGAUCCUGAUUAAGAUGUACGGAAGGUCGGGGCACCUGGACAAGGUCUUCGAGCUCGCAGACGAGCUGCCGAAGCGCUACAACUUCAGCAUCAACACGCACGUGUACACCUGCCUCAUGAGCGCGUGCAUCACCAACGGAAAGUACGCAAUGGUGCUCGACAUCUACAAGUACAUGAAGAAGAACGGCGUGAAGCCGGACGCGAAGACCUUCGAGACGAUCAUCCAGGGCCUGAGCAGAGGAGGCCUCUUCAGAGAGGCCGCGCAGGUGGUGAUGGAGGUCUACUCGCUCUCGAACAGCAACAACGGCGAGGCGCAGAUCCCGAACAUCAACUCGAAGGUGCUCGAGCGCCUCUUCCAGCGCUUCCACGCCUUCGCGGCGAACCCGCAGGGCGCCGCCGCGCAGUACAAGGAGGGCCGCGAGGCGCACGCGAAGGACGCCAAGGAGCGCGCGAAGAAGGGCAGCCGCGACGACAUCCUGCUCAACGUGGCGAACGCGAGCGGGGCGGCCAAGGGCGCGGCGCUGAGCCACCAGGCCGACGACAUGGAGGAGCUGAGCAGCCUCUACACGUCGCUGAACCGGAGGCUCGAGCUGUUCGGCAUCAAGGUGCCCAAGUUUUAG